CACCGCUGGAGAACGGGUCCCGGUACGCUAAGAACGACGUCGUUCAGCGCCCCUUUCUUUGCGCAGGCAAACGUAAGCACACGUUAUGACUGGCCUGGCUGGAGUCACUCGGACGCUUCAGCUGGCAAGGGCGGUUGUGGGCGACGACGACGCUGGGCCUGGGAAAUGGAGGCGCGAGGGUGCUGGGAUGCAAGUCUUCUUUUAAAACAGACUAAAGCAGAGAAAAAAAAAAUGAGCCUGAGAUACCCGAAGCAUGAGGAAGGCUAGGCACCGCGGCUGUGACAACCGCCAGGAUCGUGAAUUUUUUCCUCGUUCUUGACCUGCGUUGUCGUCACUCUUCGACAGGCGCCUUACAACACGUCUGGACCACAGCCGAUUUCUCCCGCAGCCAACCUCUGAGCAACCUUCAACCCUUUCCUCGCCAGGGCGCUAUAACAUCUUGGCGGCACUGCUUCUCGACUUCAGUUUGGCACUUCUCCUCAAACACCAAGGCCUUGGUCCUUGCAAGACACGCGGCUGGAGCCGUAGACCGCCUGGAACGGCCGCAGACUCACAUUCACACGCACAGACCGUCUCCAACUCUGUGCGAGCCUCUGCGAACAGUCCACGACCAUUUCUACCGCCGGACUGCAACAGCCCAGGUCAAGCAACCGAUCUUGAAGGGCGGAAGUCUGGUUUGCAAUGCGAUUUUGAACGUGAAGAGUUCUGAAAAGCAAGGAUGAAUUGCCCAAUUCGCGUCGAUCCGUUGCCGGACGAGGGGCAUAACCAGAACCCCUCUGACAUGGCCAACGAGAUCAACACAAACCACUCUCUCAAUGGGAGAAGAAACAGCACACACGGACGAAGAGCGUCACAAAUACAUCUUGGCGACGGGUGCCAUGAUGCAGUAGAGUCUAUCUCGCCUGUAUUUGAGGAGGAUGGGUGCGUUCGACCCGCGGGUGCGGAGGCGGAGGUGGAGGAGGCGGCGGCGGCGGGGAAAAACGAGACGAGGGUUUCUGCGGGGCUGACGGGAUCGGGUCGCUAUGGAUGGGUGAGUACGGUGAUGACAAUGAGAAGAAAACUCGUCAAGUACACCAAGUUCAUCGGCCCUGGCUUCAUGGUCUCCGUGGCGUACAUCGAUCCAGGAAACUACGCGACCGAUGUUGCCGCUGGAGCUUCGUUCCGCUUCCGUCUUUUGUUCAUGAUCUUGCUCUCCAACAUCUUCGCCAUCUUUUUGCAGUCGCUGUGCAUCAAACUCGGCUCCGUGACGGGCAUGAACCUCGCCGAGAAUUGCAAGGCUCACCUGCCUCGCUGGCUCAAUCUCGUGCUCUAUCUCUUUGCCGAGUCAGCCAUCAUCGCCACGGACAUCGCUGAAGUCAUCGGCACCGCGAUUGCCCUCAACAUCCUGAUCAACGUCCCACUCGUGGCUGGGUGCGCGAUUUCGAUCCUGGAUGUGCUCAUCAUUCUCUUCUUCUACAAUCCGACCGGAAUGUCCAUGCGUGCGCUGCGCAUUUUCGAAUGUUUCGUCGCGUUGCUGGUCAUAGGCGUGGCCGUGUGCUUUUGCUUCCAGCUUAGCCUGAUCAAGGCCGUCAGCGUAGGCGAAGUGUUCCGCGGCUACUUGCCUUCCUCUGCCUUGGUCAAGUCCCAAGGUCUCUACCAAUCCUGCGGCAUCCUCGGCGCUACAGUCAUGCCUCAUUCUUUGUACCUAGGAAGCGGCAUCGUUCAGAACAGACUGCGUGACUUUGACUUGCAGCACCAAAAUGAAAGCCGGUUCAGCCUUAUGGAAAACGAAGCGACAAACGAAACUGCGAGGCAGUCUUCCGAAUCCGAGGACGAAAAGUAUCGUCCCUCGCUUGCGGCCAUCAAGUCCUGUCUGAGCUACAGCAUCAUCGAGCUGGCGAUCAGCCUCUUUACGUUCGCGCUGUUUAUUAACAGUGCGAUCCUCAUCGUUGCUGGCGCUUCUCUGUCCAACCUUCCCGAGGACCAAAUUAGCAACGCCGAUUUGUUCAGCAUUCACGGCCUCCUGUCAACAUCGCUUGCACCUGCUGCAGGCACCAUCUUCGCUCUCGCCUUGCUCCUUUCCGGCACAAGCGCCGGCAUCGUCUGCACAAUCGCUGGCCAGAUGGUGAGCGAGGGACAAUUGAACUGGAAGGUGAAACCUUGGGUGCGCCGGAUCAUCACGAGAAGUAUCAGCAUCACCCCGAGCAUCAUCAUCGCUGGUUCUGUUGGCAGAAACGGGCUGAGCAAUGCGCUAGAGGCUAGCCAGGUCUGCCUGAGCAUCAUCUUACCGUUCGUCAGUGCGCCAUUGAUUUGGUUCACCUGUCGCAGCAAGAUUAUGAGCGUGUGGACCGAGGAGCGAGCAAACACGGCAAGACCAAACGCCCUGCCCGCAACGAGGACCGAAAACGACCAAAAGAACGGCUCUCAGAGUGCAGCGGUCGUCGAUCUGGACUCCAGUCGAGGCCAGGAGACUCAGGCCAACGGUCGAUAUGUUGAUAUGCGCAACAGCUGGAUAACAGCUUUUGUCGCCCUCGUCAUAUGGGGCAUGAUUACUGUCUUGAACGUGGCGCUCCUCGUGUUGCUGGGAUUGAACAAGGAGUGAAGGGAAGAGCAGCGAAACAGGAGAAGAUGCGAAGGGAGCAGAAACAAAGGAGUGAAUGGAGAAUGAACAAAAAUUGGAAGACGAAAACGGCGAAGGAAGCGGAGGACAAAUUGACUAUUCGUAUCAACGUGAAGUUGGGGUGUGACUGUUGGUGUCUUUUUCAAAGUCCCCUCGUUGUGCGCAUUUGCUAUCAUUCAGUUCUUCUACCUUUCCCCCUCCAGACGAGCACUACAAUUCUUCCCAUCCCCCCCCCCCCCCC